GCCGCCGAUGACAACAAACCCGUCGUGGCACUCGCAGACGCAAGACGCAGCGCGCUUCGAUCCGAUCACAAAAGUGAAAAUAGCUGAAAAGGCAAAAAUAAAAAGAAACAAUCAUAAUAAAAGCAAUCGACCACAAAACAACCAUAAAAACAUCAAGAGCGAGAGGGAAGAGAGAAAAAAGCGCGUAACGGAAGAACUGUGUUAAUUUCAGACUGGAAGUUGACUGAAGCAGCAACAUGGCCAAGGAUUUGAGCACUCUAGGCUGGGAUUACUUCAUGUUUGUGGCUUUCAUAGCGCUCACCGUCUUGGGGCCACUCUGGACACGCAUCUUCGGCAAGAGCAAGCAGCGCAGCAAGGCGGAUUAUGUGUUUGCCACGGGCGGCGUAUCCCUAGUGGCUGUCAUGAUAUCCAUAGCGCGUGGCACACUCGGCGUACGAUCGGUGCUGGGCUACCCCAGCGAGCUGUACUACCGCGGCUCGGCCAUGUGGGAGAUAAUAUACGGCAUGAUGAGCGCCUAUCCAAUCGUCUGCUUCAUGUUUGUGCCCGUCUACUUCAAUCUCGGCAUCACAUCUGUCUACCAGUACAUCGAUCUCAGAUUCAAGAGUCGCACCGUUCGCUGUCUCGCCUCGGCCACGUACAUUGUGCGGCAAAUCUGUAAUCUGGGCAUCACCGUAUACACGCCCAGUGUGGCGCUAUCGGCGGUCAUUGGCAUACCCUACUGGGCCUCCAUACUGGGCAUGUCGGCCAUCUGCAUAUUCUUCACCAUUCUGGGUGGCCUUAAAGCAGCCAUCAAUGCUGACGUCAUCCAGACUCUCACCAUACUGGUGGUCACAGUGGCGGUCUGCAUACAGGGCACAAUCUCUAGCGGCGGCCCCAAAAAGGUUUACCAGCUGAACCGCGAUAAUGGCCGCUUAAACUUCUGGAAUUUCACCGGGGACGUAACAGUGCGCGUCGAUACCACCUCCGCCUGGCUGGGUCAAUUGUUUAUGUCACUCUCACAGAUCGGCUGUCAGCAAAACUUUAUGCAGCGCUACGUCAGUCUGAAGUCUCUCAAGGAAGUGCGAAGAGUCAUGCUGAGCAACGUGCCCGUUGUUUUUAUAUUCUUUGCGCUCUCCUGGAUCUCUGGCAUGGUCAUAUAUUCCACAUACAUCAGCUGCGAUCCGUAUGCCGAGGGCUACAUUAAGAAACCCGAUGAGAUUUUGCCCUUUUUCGUUGAGGAUCAACUGGGCUAUCUGCCCGGCUUUGUGGGCAUCUUUAUGGCUACCCUAUUCAACGGUGCACUCUGCAUGAUGGUAUCGAAUCUGAACUCUCUUGCCACAGUUUGCUGGGAGGAUUUCGUAUCACAGCUCCCGCGAUUCAAGGGACUCGGCGACAAGCAACAAUUGAGAAUAAUCAAAAUAGUGACGGUUAUAUGUGGACUGAUUAUCAUGUGCGUCGCCUUCGGAGUGGGCCUGCUCUCCGGCGUCAUCGAGUCCUCGCUGUUGGUCUUCUCGGCCACCUCGGGCCCGCUGCUCGGUUGCUUCAUCUUGGCCAUGAUGGUGCCUGUGGCCAACUGGAAGGGCACAUCCGCUGGCAUGAUAACUGCAUGCGCAUUCGUCCUAUGGAUAAUUGGCGGCAGCAUGACUAUAGACAAGCCCUCCACCAUGCUGCCCACUUCCACAGAUGGCUGCUCCAACUCGACCUUCGCAAGUUCGAUUGUGAAGCCCAGCAGUGGACUAGAUGAACUGCCCUGGCUACUGAAACACACACCAGUCGAUGGCUACAAUCAGACCUUCAUUGAUCCAACGCCCAGAAUUGCACACGAGCGAAAUGCCAUGGAGACAUUCUAUUCGAUCAGCUUUAUGUACUACAGCUUGAUUGGAACUGCCCUGACGGUACUCAUUGGCACACUGAUCAGCUGCCUGACCCAGAACUCGGAUGAUGAAUACGAUGCCAAGCUGCUGCACCCGAUCAUCUUCCGUUGCUACGAGCGCCUGAAUGUGCCCAAGCCGUACUACAUUAAGCACGAGGAGGAAUCUGGRCUGAAUAGACGCAGCAGCAGCAACUCCUCAGCGACCACCAAUUGCAAGGAAGAGAAGGUCAAUCACGCCUUCGAUGUCAACGAGUUACAAGGAAAGAAUAAGACGAAUCCCAUAGCUGUAAUUUUUACCAACUCUUCAUCAAAUGAGGAGCAGCGCAACUCCAUCUGCAAUGUGAGCAGAAUUCAGUUGGAUACAGUUCCUUCCGGCGAGACGGGAGUUUAUCGGCAGCUUGGCUCAAAGACGACGUUCUGAGAUUUACUAAAACCCUCCGGAAAUUCACAUAUACAUAUAUAUAAAUGAAAAUGUAGUCGAUAUACAUAGUCCAUAAUUUGUAAGUUAAGUCAAAGCGUAGAAUAAUUGAUGAGGGGAAUUACUCAUGCACCUUCUGUGCAGAAUGUCGAUAAAGAUGCUGUGAUUAUUGUACAAGAGUAUAGAUUUGCGCAUCUGCAAUAUCUUUGAGAGAUAUUCCAUGAAUGCGUAAUGUA